CGCUCUUUUACUUCCGACUUUGCUGGCCGAACGGUUGAGGAAGAGAUGGCAGUCGUCUCGGCUCAAUCGCUCCGGGUCUCCGAGAUCCGGGACCCGGCGGCCCUGUUCGAGCGCUACAACACCGAGGAGAUCCGGACGAUAGAACGCAAGGUACGGGGAGAGAUUGAGAUGAAGAAGGAGGAACUCCGGCAAAUGGUGGGCGAGCGCUACCGGGACCUGAUCGACGCGGCGGACACCAUCGGAGAGAUGCGGCAGUGUUCGGAGAGUGUGGUGAACUCGAUCCAGGACAUGUACCGAUACUGUAACAAGCUGAAACAGGGAAAAACUCCGGCUCCUGCAAAUAACAAACAAGAGAGCCUGAGGCAGUCGCAGGAGAAGUUCUACAGCAUGGCGUCGCAGAUCAAGCUCCUGCUGGAGAUCCCGGAGCGGAUCUGGAGCGCCAUGGAGUCGUCGGCGUACCUGCGCGCCACGCAGCUGCACCUGCUCUGCUGCCACCUGCACAGCCUGCUGGGCCUCGAGGGCGGGGCCGCCCACUACAGCCCCGUGCUCGCGCGCUUCCCCAUCCUGGUGCGCCAGGUCGCCGCGGCGGGCCACUUCAGAGCCACCAUCCUGCUGGACAGUAAGACCCUCCUGCGGGGCCGGGCGGUGUCGGACCAGGCCAUCUCCGAGGCGCUGGUGUCCUCCAUGCUGCUGGAGGACAGCUCCCCCCGCCAGGCCCUGGCCGACUUCCUCCUGGCCCGGAAGGCCUCCAUCCAGCAGCUGCUCAACCAGCCUCAGCACGGUGCUGGCAUUAAGGCCCAGGUGUGCUCUCUGAUGGAGCUGCUGGUCACCACGCUGUACCAGGCGUACGCCGUGUUCUACACCCCCCGCGAGGGCACGCCCACCGACCCGGGGCUCGGCUGCGGCCUCCUCUUCACCACGCUGGAGAGCGUGACCUCCACCACGCCCGCAGGUAAAGGCCAGAAGGUGCUGCAGGAGGAGGUGUGUGAGGGCAGCUGGUUUAAGUACCUGCCCCGCUCGGUGCUGGACUUCCAGCCCGCCCUGCGCACCCUGGCCCAGCCCAUCCAGGGGGACCAGCUCAGAGACACCCUGCAGCAGUGGAUCGACACGUGUAAGGAGGACGUGCGGGGCGGUGUGAGCAGCCUGCUGGUGUACGUGCGGAGUCUGAAGGGCCUGGCCUCCAUCAGGGACGCGGUCUGGGAGCUGCUGAGCAGCGAGUCCAUCAGCCAGCACUGGGCCACCGUGUGUCAGCGUCUGCUGGAGCGCCCCCUGCCGCUGUGGGAGGACUUCCUGCAGCAGCUCUUCCUGCAGCGACUGCAGGCUCUGACGCGGGAGGGCACGGAGGGCGUGUCCAGCGGCUGCAGGCAGCUCCUGAGCGCCACGCUGGGCGAGCUGGAGGGCAUGACCAGCAGGGCGGCGCUGUUCGAGCGCGACGUGGCCUCCUUCCUGUGGGCGGAGUCGGCGGGCGACCUGGCGGCGGACGCGGCGUGGGUGGGCGUGGCCCGGGGGGGCGGGGCGGCGCAGACGCCGCGCAGCGGCCUGGCCAUGAAGACGCAGGCGCUCACGCCCUGCGUGCAGACGGUCUGCGCCGCCCUGGACGCCCGUCUGCGCGCGCAGCUGGACGACCUGCGGCACUACCUGCCCUCCGACCCCCGGCCCCCGGGCGCCGCCUCCGCCUUCGAGCGCUUCGCCGACGCCGGCGUGGUGGAGGACACGCUGCGGGAGCGCAGCCUGGCGUGCGCCCGUGACAUCAUCGCCUGCGUGCGGGCGGAGCUGGCCGUCGCCCCCGGCGACCCGCGCGCGCCCCGCCCGCCCGCGCUGCUCUGCCGCGCGCUCUUCCUGGCGCGCCUCUGCCAGGCCGCCGCCGACCUCUGCCCCCACCUCAGGCAGUGCGUGCUGGGGAAGCAGGCGGCCGCCGACCCCGUCGCCCGGGCGACGCCCCGCCCGGGCAAGAAGCUGGGGAAGGCCGUCGCCAAGGCCGCCGAGGUCAGCCCCGCCCAGGCGCAGUGGGCGGGGCUGAAGGAGGAGCUGCUCUCCUGCAGCGUGGACGCCUAUCGCAUCUGGAGCUCCGCCCUCGCCCAGGAGCUGGUGAGUUCCUUCGCGGGUCCGCUCCACGCAGACUCCGCCGGGGCGGUCCUGGCCACGGCCACAAACUGGGAGGAGCUGGAGAUACAGGAAGAGGCGGAGUCGGGCAGCAGCGUCACUUCCAAAAUCCGCCUUCCUGUCCAGCCCUCGUGGUAUGUCCAGUCUCUGCUCUUCCACCUGUGCCUGGAGGUGAACCGGGUCGGAGGUCACGCCCUGCCAAAGGUCACCCUGCAGGAGCUCCUGAGCGGCUGUUUGGACCUGGUGGUGUCCGAGUACGAGACGCUCGCCCAGAACGCUCAGAGCAAGGACGGCUCGUUCCCCGUCACUCAGAACAGGGCUCUGCAGCUGCUGUUUGACCUGCGCUUCCUCUGCAGCACCCUCAGCUCCCGCACCGAGGAGAAGACACGCCCCGCUCAGGACCCCAGAGUGCAGCGGGUGUGUGACAUGCUGGAGGGCCACAUCGACCCCUUUGACCUGGACGUGUUCACCCCGCCACUCAACCGCAACCUCAACCGCCUGUCCCAGAGGACCGCGGUCCUGCUGGGUCUGCUGACGGGGCCGGAGAAGCAGUUCUCCUCCCGGGGAAACAGCCUGAGCUCCCAGGAGCCCUACAACAUCCUGCCCCUGGCCAGCAGCCAGAUCCGGUUUGGGCUUCUGCCCCUGAGCAUGUCCCAGUCCAGGAAGGCCAAAGCAGCCACACGGGGUGUGGACGUCACCCGCCCCCUGCAGAUCUGAGGUCACGUGACCGCGGAAGCCUGUCGCCGGGAUACAGCAGCCGUGGGUGACGACUGUGUGCUUGCCGUGUGCUUGCCGUGUGCUCGUGUGACGUUUUCACGCCUGUUUAAGAGUUCCUCUUCCCCGCUCUGACGCUCGCUGCUCUGCGUGGCCUGCUUCUUACGCCUUGUUGGUGUGAUGUCACAUGACUACAGGUGUGAUGUCACAUGACUACAGGUGUGAUGUCACAUGACUACAGAGGAGGAACAAUUUUUUUGGACGUAAAUUUUCAACGCUUUUGUUUGCUUUGGUUUGGGCAUUAUAGCCACCGACAUUGGAGAAUUUAGCAGUUUUGUUUUUCCAGUUAUUGCUGAAAGCAGCUGGUUGAACGUGCAUCCGGUGAAAUACUGUGACCUGAAAUUGAACGAUGAGAGAGAUAUGUUGUCAUUCACCUGAUUGUUCCUCUCCAGGUCGACGGAAGGCUGUAGAGGUAUGUUAUCGCUGAGUGGUGCAUUUGAAGCUGAAACAGGCUUUUGCAGCUGAUAGAAUGCGUGCUGUCCUGAGUGAGUAGCAGUCUGGUGACUACCUGCUCUCAACAGAUAUAACGUACGCAUACUGAGGCUGACCAAUCAAGUGUGUUCAUUGGUGUGAUUCACUCAUCCAAUCAGCGCACCGUUAACACCGAACGCCACCUGCCAAUUGAGAUACGUACGCGAUUCAGGUCAAUGUAUGCGUACACAUGUGUAUUGGGUGCAGUGUAAGUGUUUCUGUCUCGGUUGCUUAUUCUAUGUGGAUAAGUUACAGAUUGCCCUGGAUUCUGAUUGGUUAUGAGCAGUAAGGGACGAGCUGACCCCCUCCCAGUGAUUUAGAGGUGAUAUAUGCACACGUAUCUCUGUUCAGAGAGCAGUCGUCACCAGACGCAUGCAGAAGACCGGCAGGCUAAGUUAGCGUAGUGUUAGCACAGAGAAGCUCUCGUGAUCUUUUGU